UCUCUCCAGCUCCAGUCCCGUCCGUGCGCUCUGCGUCCUGACCGCGCACAGCCGCUCCUCUCCGGAUCAAAUCCCGACUCUGCACCGGUGGAUUUUACGCGACAGUCGGACGGAUUGAAUUUCACGUUACGUUUUUGGAGGAUUGCCCGUUAGUUUAACCGCAAAACAGCGCAGAUCUAUAAUUACCUUCUGAAGUCACUCACCCAUCCUCCACCUUACACUAUGGGGAACCAGCUGAGCGAGCGGGCCCCUGGGAGCCCCUUCCUGCCUGGUCUCCAGCCCCUGCACAUUGUGGUGAUUGGCCUGGACUCUUCUGGCAAAACGGCUCUGCUCUACCGCCUCAAACUGGGCGAGUUCGUGGACACCAUUCCCACCAAGGGCUUCAACAUGGAGCGUCUGAGGCUGAGCGGUGGCAGUCUGUACCAAGUGUGGGACGUGGGGGGCCAGGACAAACUCCGGCCCCUGUGGAAGUCGUACACGCGCAGGACAGACGGGCUGGUGUUUGUGGUAGACGCCGCUGACCCCGAGCGCCUGGAAGAGGCGCGAGCAGAGCUGCACCGGAUGGCCCGCUGUCCAGAGAGCCAGGGAGCACCCAUCCUGCUGCUGGCCAACAAACAAGACCUGCCCGGGGCCAUGAUGCCGGCACAGGUGGAGAAGGCCCUGUCGCUCCAUGAGCUCAGCUCGUCCACACUGCACCACACUCAGGGCUGCUCCGCUGUGGACGGGGCCGGUUUACAGCCUGGACUGGACAUGCUCCACCACAUGAUCCUGCAGAGGAGGAGGAGCCAGAGACAGAGCCACAAGAAGAGAUGAGAGACGAGAGUCAGCCUCACGGGAACUCCGGGGGACGGACCUCCAGGGUGAACAUUAAAGGACACGCAUAAAGAGGCAACGCUUAAGAGGCAAGCCUAAAGGGACAACCAGGGAACAGACCUGGGAGAGACUCUUUAUAGUAGAGGCUGACAGCGCCCCCUACAGACCCACGCCGGGACAGGCCACUGAAGGAGCUGUGUCUGCCGGAGGACGCAGGGACAUAACUGCUCAUGUUGCACAAGUCCACUUAGACUUUUUCUGUUGGACUCCUCUGACCUGUGGACAUUUUCAGACCUAAGAAUGUUCUCAGGUGCCUUAUUACACGCUGUGUGAAAUUUGUUUGUGGUCUACAGUGUUUGUGUCAAAUCCACAAAUGUUGAAUUUUCUUGUUGUUGUUCAAGUGGCUGGUUCCACUCACUUUUGUAAUGUAUAAACUAUUGCAUUUUACACUAGAAUUUUGAAUUAUUCUCAUUAGAGUUAGUUUUUUUUUUUUAAACAAUGUUUCAAUGAACAUUUUUGACAUUUGACCUGCCCUCAUCUCAGGUGAACACUACACGGAUGUAUGCAAAGAUGGUAGGGCAUCUGACACAGCACCUGUAUCUCCAGCUCUUUACCAAAGUACUGUAUUUGAAGUAGACUGAAGGACACUUUGUACUUGUACUCAUGUUUUUGUAAAAAAAUAAAUGAUUGUCAGUGCAGUCCUGUA